CGAAAUUUUCCCCUCCCCCACGAGCGGGCGGGCGGGCGAGCUACUCGCCGCCGCACCACCACCACCACCACCACCACCUCCGCCGUUUUUAAAUUUCAAAUCCUCCCCGACGCGCCCCCACGCCCGAUCUAUCUAUAAUCCACCCCGUGGCCGCCUCCGAUCCCCAUGUCGCGUGGGUAUCCCCGUCUCCAUCUGUGAGUGAGGCGUGGUGCUGUGGCCGGGGCGCGAGGGCGUUUCGUCGAGCACAUGGAGGGCGGCGGCGGCGGGACGGACAUGAACUCCGUCCCGGACGGCGUCGUGCAGCACGUCCUGUCGAUGCUCAGCAACGUCCGCGACGUGGCGGCGUGCGCCUGCGUGUGCCGCCGCUGGCGCGAGUGCGUGCCCUACCUGCCGGCGCUCUUCUUCCCGCGGAACGCCUUCGACACCGCCGCGGCGGCGGGGGGCGCGGCGGACGAUGCCAUCGGCAGGAUGGUGGCGUCCGUCGAGCGGCUCCGGGAGCUGGUCAUCUACUGCCCCUUCUCCAUGGCCCGCCUGCCCGAGUGGCUAUCGCUGCGCAGCGCCUCGCUCAGGGUGCUCGAGCUGCGGAUGGACGCCGCCGCCGCUGAUAAGGCGGAGGACGGCGGCUACCUGGACUGCAUUGGCCUGGCCAGGGGCCUGGAGGAACUCAGGCUCUGGGGGGUCUCGCUCACGGCCGCGCCGGCGUGGGGGCGACUAGACCGGCUCCGCGUGCUGGAGAUUGUCGGCGCCCCGCUAGAGGACAGCGCUGUGAAAGACGCCAUCGCCGCGUGCCCCAACCUCACCGACCUGUCGCUGCUUGGUUGCGACUGCUCGGGCGCUGUAUCCAUCGAACUCCCGCUGCUCGAGCGAUGCCGGCUUGACUUCCUCGGCUCCGGUAACUGCUCUCUCUCGCUAGUCGCUCCCCGCGUCGAGUCACUCGAGGUCCAGGGCUUCACCUGGAUUACUCUGCGCGGUGACCAUAGCCUCCGCCGCCUCUCAAUCGCCAAAAGCACCGGGAGGGUGUACAAGGUGGACACUGGGAAGCUCCCAGAUCUGGAGCACCUCUCGCUGCGCGGCGUCCAAUGGAGCUGGGCUGCAGUAAACUCUGUGCUGCAGUGUGCGAGGGAUGUGAAGCACCUAGUGAUGAAAAUCGAGUUCUGUGGCGACUUUGAUGCGCUCCAGCCAUUCCCGGAGGUUGAUCUGGUUGAUUUCUUUAACAGCCACCCGAAUCUCCGCAAGUUUGAUAUUCAUGGUGCCAUGUUUGCUGCCCUGUGCCAGAAAAACAGCUUGAAAAGUUUAGACGCAAGGUUCUGCAUCCCUUGCUUGGAAGAGGUUCUGAUCACAGUGCGCUCACCACUAAAUGCUGAGCAGAAGCUGAACACUCUCGAGUCGCUUGUGAAGUAUAGCGUGAGGCUGCGCACUAUGGUCAUCAGAAUCUCGCAGAUGAAGAAUUGCCAUGAUGCGGCUGAUGAUUUCUUUGAGGAGAUAUGUAAGUUCAAAUACAUGAACAACAAGAAAGUACGGGUUGAAUAAAGCAGGAUGCUGCGUGAUUUUUUUUUCAUCAAAUUGAUUUGGGUAAGAACUAUUUUUUUCAUUUCAUUUUAUUUUCAUUUGAAUAGAGGAUGUAUGCCAGUCCUUGAGUAACUAUGAAGUUGUGUACUUGUUGUUUACCUGGUUGAGUUUAAAUGCUGGAGUUUGUUGUAGAACAAUUUUGAUUCAUGUGCUUGGAAUUUUGAAAACUGUCUUUUUAAUCUCUAUUCUCUUAGCGUA